AAUCCAUUGUUGUCAAGGCGCCAUAUUGGAUGUUUUGGUUGGUGAAUCGAUAGUUUGUUGAGUACGAAAAUGGCAGAUGCUGCUGUUGAACAGCCGCCUCCAACAACACAGACACAGGCCGGAAACACAUACGUGAUUCGUCCAAAUUUUCAACAUAAAUUCCGUCCAGUUAUCGUGAAGGAAUGCAUACAUAAUGCCCUAAGUGACCAUUUGACCGGGAAGAAUUAUGAUGCAGAGGAAACAAUAGAAUGGACAAAAGUUAUCUCAGAUGACAUUAAACAGAGGUUAAAAGAUUUGGGAUAUGACCGGUAUAAAUUUAUAGUCCAAGUGGUGAUAGGAGAACAGCGAGGUGAAGGCGUGAAAAUGGGAUGCCGGUGUUUCUGGGACUCAGACACAGACAAUUAUGCUCAGGAUAUUUUUAUGAAUGACUCCUUAUUCUGUGUUGCUGCAGCCUUCGGAUGUUUCUUUUACUGAUCGCUACAUCGUCACCAGCAAGAUCAUUCCAUUAUCCGUCCACAUCAAAAACCGCUGUGAUGUCCUUGGUCUGUCAUGUCAAAAGACUGGUUUCAUUAGAUAAAGUGUCACCGGACUGUUGAUGAAUGUAUCUUUAUUAAUUUAAAUAGUUUCAAAAUAUUGUUUCCUAAGUUUGCCAAUGAACCUUUUGAAAGAAAAUGAGAAGGAGGGAGAAUUGUUAAUGAGAUGUAAUAUGAAACAUGAACCCCCAUUAGAGUUGUACUUUUCUCUCUAACUUUGUGUAGAAAAUCAAACUAAUCUCUGUGAUUUCAUGCCGACUUAUUGUAAUGAAGUGGCUGUUUGAAGAUGAGGUUUCGGAAUACUCUAGGAGGAAAAAAAAAUAAUUUCCUGUUCCACUCCAAAUGAUGAUGGAAGCUCAUCAAACACGUACAACAAAAGUAAAGGCUCCGUCUACGAGACACAGAUUGAAUUGUGAGAAAAUGUCUGCUUGAAUCUUAAUGACAUUUACAUGGAAUUUUCAUGUAUACAUACAUAGUACAGUGCAUGCAACUAUUGAUUAUUGUUUUUUUAAGAAGUACAAAAACCAGACAGCAUUUGUAGAGCUAUAACAAAUCUGGGAAUGGGGUGGUGCACAGUUGCAUGCCAAUUGUUCUAAAAUGUUCCAGUGUUCUCUAUACUAAAGGUAAUCUCCACCAGCGUGAGAGGACGGGGUCUGUGUACUUUUACUGUCGCUGGGGUACUGCUGAAAGCUAUUUGGUAAUGAUGGUGUUUGGCUUAGUUGAGUAAUGCAAACAAAACUUAAGGAUGUAUGCUAUUUGAAAUUACCUCCUUUCCCAAAAGAAUUCCACUAUACAUUUUUAUCACAAUGUCUCAAAUUAAUCUGGGUUUGAAAUAAUGCUGAUCAAACAAUUUUCAAUGGGACAUUAUCCUAAAGCGCAUAUCUGAAAAUGUGGACGCUACCUGGUAAUUUCUAUUCUGAAGUGUUUUUGUUGUUGUUUUUUUUUUCUUUUUAAAUAACUUUAAGAUUUGUUGGUAUUAGCAGACACAUUACUUUCUCAUGGAGUAUCCCAUAUCUCUGAAAGAAGGCUUUGUUUGGACAUUUUCAUGAAAAAAUCAACCAAUAACACAGAUUCAAAGAAUUUCUUAAAGUCAACAUGGGUUAUGCACUCAGACUUUUUACACAGAGGCUACAGAGGGGGAAAUUACGGGCAAAAGUACAGUCGUUGAGUCAUCUGGGUGGAUGGGUGAAGCAUUGGCUACACAGACGAGGGAGGAUAAACAAUUAAAAAUGAACUAUAUUGUAUAUAUGUAUGAGAGAGUUUGUAUGGAUCAAUGUGUAAAUGUGAAGUAUUUUUACUCUUAAUAAAUUAUCAAUUUCU